UAGAUACCUCGAGAUACCUAUUUUUAAUACCUUGAAGAAGACGUCCCUUGUUCCUUGUCAAUAAAAAAAAGAAGAAAAAAAGAUGCGCGAAGAAAUGGCCAUGGCGAAGAAGAAACAAUUUGACAAAUUGAAAUUUUGGAAGGAUCCAAGAAUCUUCCAUCUGAAAUGUCUAUCAUGUGAAUCGGAUCUUCGCAAGCUCGUGAAAUUUCCAAGGUGACAUCUUCGAUUGCUUCUGCUGCCUAGCGAUUUGGACCUCAUGCGUUUUCAUCCAACACAUUUAUUCAGCAACAACUUACUCUAAGAAGUAGUGCCUCUACCUUUUUAACUGAUAGAAACAAUUAUCUUUUUAUCUCUUUUAGAACUGACUUUCUUUUUAUACAAUUUCUCACAAAGAAAAUCCUAAGCAAACUAAAUUAAUAUUUCAAAAGCUUCAUAUAUAUAUAUACACAGAUAUGUCAUAUCUCAUAACGUUAAAAGCCAUCUAAAUUGCGAGAGGUAUAUUUGGCAAAAAUGGCAGAGUCGUCGAGCAGCCAAAAUUUACCAUCGACAAGUAAGCAACCAUUCCAUGAGAAGAUCUACUUAGAGACUCACAGCUGGCAUGCAAGUCGUUAUCACAUGAUCAGCAAGUGGGGAUAUAAACUUCCACAUUAUUCAUUCAACAAGGCAGUUACACACAGUUACAGAGCUAUAACAAAAUACUGCCUUUUACAAGAUAUUUCUUACUAUACCUGUAUCGAAAUAGUAGGAGAGAAAAAUUGGUUGGAAGCAGCUUUGAGGGAACAUUGUAAUCCCAAAAAAACUUUUGCAGAGAAUAUGUACACCAAUGGUCAGAGAGAAGGUACUGUAAUGUUCUUUAAAAAGAAUGGCUAUCCACGGUUCCCUAUUGGUUACGUGAACUUUUUCUGGAAGCUAAGCGAGACAAACAUUAAAACCAUUUGGAUAUGGGUACAUCCUGCUUUUUAUAGUGAUUUUCUUAGUGAGAUUAUAUCCAGUUUUGACUUUAAACAGAAUAACGUGAGACAAGGUAGAAUUGACAUUUCACACAAUUUAAAUGAUUUGUAUACAAAUGACGCAGGAUGUGAAAUGCGUGUAUUAAAAUGUGCAUUAAAUAGAUUCAGACUUUCUGGGCCAACAGCUUUAACUGUACUAAAAGAAGCAUUACAUGUACCGUCUUUAACUGAACUAGAUUUGGAUUCGGAAAGUUGCCCUAUGACAGAAGAACAGGAUAGCUCGUUAAAUGAUGAAAAACUAGAUACAUCAUCAGGUAAUAAUGUCUCUGUGCAACCUCUGCUGAAAAUGGCAAUUGAUGAAAAAGCCAACAAAGAUUUGACUAUACAAGAUCUUAAGAAAAAAAUGUGGCAUACUAUAUAUUAUAAAAAAAGAGAAAAUAUAGAAGCUUUUAAGAUACAAGAGCAAAUGUGGCAAUCGUUGAAGGUUUUGGAACCACGUUUUGUGUUACCAAAUAUUAUUGGAUUAACCGUUUUAGAUCCACGCUUUUAUUUACCUGGAAGAAGCACAAAAACUGAGAUUCCUUCAUCUGCUGAAAACUUACAUUCUCAGUUAUCAAAUGACUUAAAUCGUUCUCCUAUUUGGGAUGCACAAAUACGUCAGAUCGUAAGCAGUUCUUGUGUGUCCAAACACACAAUCAACAAGAUUGGUAUGUCAGAUAAUCCAUAUUUCAGUAAGGAUACAGUGACAAAAAUACCGAUUCUUCUUAUACAGAAACCAACAGUAGCUUCUUUAGGUUUAGGUUUCAGGAUAGAUAUUAUUAUACCAUCUGGAUGGGCACUAGCAUUUUGGUUUGCACUUAUAAUGCAAUCUCCAUUAGUAGGCGGACUUCGAGAGACCCAAUUAGUAGUUUUUGAAAGUUUGGGAACAUACGUACCUGAUAUUAAUGAUCCCGACACUCCAGCUUACAGGAGAUGCGCGUCGAAAAGAAAGACUAUAUUAACCAAUAAAUAUUUUUCUUAUUCAUCAAAGCAAAGAGUUAAUUUUAUCAAAUUUGGAAUUCAUAAUCCUUUCUUCUGCGAUUGGAAAAAUUUAACCAAAGACUGGUCGGACGUUAAAAAUUUUUACGUUCUGAGACACUUUAGACUUUUAUUACAUUUAAGAAAAGAAAUUAAAACUUAUAAACGUGGAAAUGCGAGGUCCAAAUCAACUGUCCAAGAGUCAGAAUUCGAUUUUCAAAAAUUCGACCAAUAUAAAAAUUGCCUGGUACAAGUCCAAUUGUCUAUGAUGGGCAAAGGAACGCCGAAGGAGUUCGCGAUCAUCUGUAUGCCGAAACGUAAAGAUUUGAGAAGAUUCGAAAUUAAUAAAAGUUAUGAAGGACCUGUCGAAAAAUGUCACACCGAUCUGAAAGAAACGUCCUGUAAAAUAUUACAUAAAGUACACUCGAUGAAAUUGAAUCAUCUAAGUCUUCAACUAAAUCGGACCAGAGUUAAACGGAGGAGAACGUUCGGAGAUAAUGAAUUGCCGUUGGAAUUUGAUGUUAUUGAUGACGAGAUUAAUCGUACAAUAUUCCCAAAACAUCACAAAAUAAUGUCAGAUUAUGCGGAGGACAUGAAAAAAUUGUAUCCCACGGAAUCGACGAAAGUUCGCCAUUCCUGCGAUAGACAAGUCAUGGGGUACGUAACGAUGGGCGGUUAUUCAUUUCUUCGUGGGAAAAGUAUUGGCAUCGGAUAUGUCACAUUACCUUCGCUACUCGAAAUAAUUCGCAAAAAGUCUAACAUUGUUCUUGUUAGGAAUACUGAAGAACUACAAUAUAGAUUAGCACGAUUAGAAAUAUUAGUAGAUAUUAAGUCUAUGUUAUAAGUAUAUUUUUUACUUUAUGAAUAUUUUAUCUUAUUACCAGAGUCCGGAUCUCAGGACUUUUCCCCACUCCAAGUGCAUGGUAGCGGUUGAGCGCCGCGAAAAACAGUACUGUCUAUGAUCUACGCUGGUCUAGUGAUGAUAGCAAAGAGGACACCAUCACGAAGAAAAA